GAAUUGGUUAUUUUUUAAUGCAAAGACUAUGAAGUCCUUUAAAUGAGUUAUUUUAGCCUCAUUCAUGGAAAAUCUGCCCAAGGAAGAACUUUUAGAGACCUCCUGUCCCAUAUGCUUAGGAACAUAUAACUUAAGACAAUUGAAAAGUAUGAUUUGACUUUUUAAAAGUGUUACUUUUUGAAUUGAUAGUAAAUUAAUUGGCUGAGAGGUUUUAAAAAGUAAUAGCAAGUAUUAAUGAGAACUUGCCUUCAGUUCAGGAGAGAUUCAAAAGUGCACUGUUAUGGAAUAGUUUAGUAUCCACGCAUGGAACUAUUAGAGGACAAUAAGGCACUUAAACUAUGGUAAUGAGUUAUAAAAUAAGAGUUCAGAGAAAGAAUCAUUAUCAGCUUGAGUAGGUGAAAAUAAAACUUGAGCUAAUCCUGGAUGAUUAGAGUAUUAGGUAGAUGGAGGACAUUUCUGGCAUGGAUCUUCAGAUUACCUUGACUGGAUCUGAAGGUGGAGCUCUGUGGAUAGUAUUAUUGUUCCCAUUUGGCAAAUGAAAAAAAACGAAGUGAGUAAACUUGCCCAGGACCAUCCAACUUGUAAAUAGCAGAGCUGGGAUUUAUAAACAAGUUUCUCAUUGUUCUCUUUUUCAAAUUUUAAAUAAUUUAUUAUGGUAUAUUUUAAAUACAUGCAAAAUAGAACAGAUAUAAUGAACCCCUGGUAUUCAUCACCCAGCUUCAAGUUACCAACUCAUGGCUGAUUUUGUUCCAUCAUGCCUCUCCUACUCUCAUUCCUUUUUUGAAUAUUGUGUAUUUUAUUAGGUAUGUUUGAGUAAAAGAAAACAAGACUAAACACUGGCUGACGUUAGGGGCUUAUUUUUCUUUUAUAUAAGAAAUCCAGAGAUAGGCAAUGGCAGAUGGAUGUUCAGUGGCUUAAGGAUGUUAGGGUCAAAAAUCUCUUAUUUUCUUGGCUUUCCUCUCAUUAUCACAAGGUAGAUAUUGUAGUUCCAGAUAUCAUUUUCACUUUCUAGACAAGAAGGAAAAAGGGUACAAUGGAAAAGGGCUUCAUUUAUAUCAAGAAAUUAAAUUUCUCAGAAAUUUCCAGCAGAUAUCUGCUUAUAAACCAGUCAUUGGCUAGAAUCAUGUCAUAUGGCCAUCUCUGGAUCAGGGAGACUGAGAAAUAUGGUUUUUAAAUUGGGCACAUUGUCACUUUGAACAGUUGGGGAUUUAAAUCUAUAAACGUAAGGAAAUAAGCAUACUUUAUUGUUUAGUUUUUCUAGAUAAUCUAAAUUUUGUCUUGUUGAAAUUUGUGUUUUGUUUUGUUCUAUUUGUGUUUUGGAAUAGCCUGACUUUUUCUAGUCUUGUACUUUUGAUUUUUUUCCCCCACUUUUUCUUGCUGGCUAGGAUAAAAAUAAAUUUUUUGAUUUAUAAAAGUAACAGCAACAGUUACUAUCUAAUGUGUAUUUACCAUUAAGGUUUGAGAGUUUGAGAGCAUUGCCUUAUGGUUGCUGUUCCAUCUAAACAACUUUAGGUACUUUAAAAAAUCAUUUAAUUAUUAUAUUUUAUUUCUGAUCAUUUUCCUUCUUUUUUCAAAAGAUUAAAAAAUUUUAAAAAUUGGCACAUAAUUGUGUAUAUUUAUGGGGUACAUAGUGAUAUGAUAUGUGUAUCAUACAGUGAUCAUAUCAGAGUAAGUAGCAUGUCCAUCAUCUCAAAUAUUUAUCUUUUUUUGUGUGUUGGGAAUAUUCAGUAAAAGGUGCUUUCUUUUUUAAACUUUCUUUUGAAUGUAGAUAUAUAUCUCUUUUAAAAAUUUGUUUACAGUUAGAGAAACUAGUCUGAACAUGGAUGGACGUUUAGGGUGACUAUGAUCUCUCAGCAGGUCUGUAUGAUUGAAUUUGUUUAAAAUUUACUGAAUUGGUUUAAAAUUAGUUUAAAAUUAUUGAAUUUGUUUAUAAGUUGCUCAACUUGUUUCUGGGUGAGUAGUUGUAUAGUUAUAUGUAGAGUUGCAUAGUUAUAUACUUGUAUGAUAUCUAUAUAGAACAGUAUGGUAGCCUGCUGAAGAUGUUAAAGAUCAUUUCAGUUGAAAUGUAUUUGGCCUGAAUUUGUGACAACUUCUUUUUAAAUUAUGAAUUAGAGGAGCUUUUGCUACUUAAAAAAGAAAAAGAAAAGCACUUUUUCUGUAUAAGAAGGUUAAAAUGUCUAGAUAGAUGAUACACUAAAAGCACUUAAAUAUUUGAAUUGGGUGGAAUAUGACCAUAUAAAACUCAGGUCUGCAGUCCACUCAGGUUACUGAAGAUAAAUGCAUCGUACAUUCAGUGUAGACUAUGCCGCAAGGUUUCAUUCCCACAUGGAAGUACGCAUGCUCGUUUCUCCUGAGACUGCAUAAAGUCUGAACGUUCCAGUUUCUCUUUUAAGUCACUUCAUAGCCCUAGCAGCAGUUUAGAAAUGCAAAAGUUUGGUUGCUUUAAAGGAUAGUUCUUGAGUGGGUUCUUAAUUAAGUACAAUAAUAUUUUCUCUUUGAUUUUAAAGAGCUUUACUGCCCAGAAUGGAUACACAAUAAAAUAUUGAAAGGAAAAAGAAAGUUAGCUGUAUCCUAGUUUUCUAAACCCUGGCAAGCUGGCAGAGCUAGAAUUAGCUUUACAGAUGGCAUUUGGCAACAUAUCUACAUAUCUCUAAGCCCUCAACUCUUGCGUUUUGUUAUGCCUGUCUAUCAAUUACAAUAUCCAAUCACUGCCCAGAGAUGGAGAAAUGGGACGAUCACAGCUCACACGAUGCUGUUUUGUUAGAAACGUCAGUGCUGCACAACCCACGGCUGAGUCAGUGUCUGUGAGAAAAUAAACUGAAUUAAUAUGUAGAGGGGGUUGUAUCUCUGAACAUUUAAAGCCUAAAUAUUGCAACAGCAUUAUUACACAGUAGAGGGAGGAAGCUAAAGGAAGUCUAUGGACAGGUGAGGUAGGGGGAGACUGGGGAAUUUUCUGAUUGUUCAGAGGAAUCUUGAAGAUGAUGGAAAUAUCAGAUGUGCUAAAGUUUCCUAGUAAUGCCCAAGGAUGCUGACCUGGCUUUCAGUGCUUCAUUGUUUGAAAGAGCAGAGUCCCUUUAUACUCUGAUUUCAAAAUUUUUUUCUUGUUUUUGUGUGUCUACCUUGGCAUAUACUAAAGGAAGUACUUCCUCGCGUAUUGCUAAAGGAGGAGUUGACCACACCAAAAUGAGUCUACAUGGUGCUAGCGGGGGACAUGAGAGAUCAAGAGAUAGACGAAGGUCAAGUGACAGAUCACGAGAUUCAUCUCAUGAAAGAACAGAGUCUCAACUCACUCCUUGUAUUAGAAAUGUGACUUCUCCAACACGACAGCACCAUGUUGAACGAGAAAAAGAUCACAGUUCCUCUCGUCCAAGCAGUCCGCGUCCUCAAAAAGCAUCCCCAAAUGGUUCCAUUAGCAGUGCUGGGAACAGCAGCAGAAACAGUAGUCAGUCAAGUUCAGAUGGUAGCUGUAAGACAUCUGGGGAGAUGGUGUUUGUAUAUGAAAAUGCAAAAGAAGGAGCUCGGAAUAUAAGAACGUCAGAACGAGUGACACUAAUAGUGGAUAACACUAGAUUCGUUGUAGACCCAUCCAUUUUUACUGCACAGCCAAAUACAAUGUUGGGCAGGAUGUUUGGAUCUGGCCGAGAACAUAACUUUACACGACCCAAUGAGAAAGGAGAGUAUGAGGUGGCAGAGGGAAUUGGUUCCACUGUGUUUCGAGCUAUUCUGGAUUACUAUAAAACAGGAAUAAUCCGUUGUCCUGAUGGCAUAUCUAUUCCUGAACUGAGAGAAGCAUGUGACUAUCUUUGUAUCUCUUUUGAAUAUAGCACUAUUAAAUGUAGAGAUCUCAGUGCCCUAAUGCAUGAGUUAUCAAAUGAUGGUGCUCGUAGACAAUUUGAAUUUUAUCUAGAAGAAAUGAUCCUCCCUCUCAUGGUAGCUAGUGCCCAGAGUGGGGAACGGGAAUGUCAUAUAGUGGUGCUUACAGAUGAUGAUGUGGUUGAUUGGGAUGAAGAAUAUCCACCACAAAUGGGAGAAGAAUAUUCACAAAUUAUUUAUAGCACAAAAUUAUAUAGAUUUUUCAAGUAUAUUGAAAACAGAGAUGUGGCCAAGUCAGUUUUGAAGGAGAGGGGUCUUAAGAAGAUUAGAUUGGGAAUAGAAGGUUAUCCUACCUACAAAGAAAAAGUAAAGAAAAGGCCUGGAGGCCGCCCAGAAGUGAUCUACAACUAUGUCCAAAGACCCUUUAUUCGAAUGUCCUGGGAGAAGGAAGAAGGAAAGAGUCGGCAUGUAGACUUUCAGUGUGUAAAGAGUAAAUCUAUCACCAAUCUUGCAGCAGCUGCGGCAGACAUUCCUCAGGACCAGCUGGUAGUCAUGCACCCAACUCCACAAGUGGAUGAGCUGGAUAUUCUCCCUAUCCAUCCCCCUUCUGGCAACAGUGACCUCGAUCCUGAUGCACAGAAUCCAAUGCUGUGAUGCUGAUUUUCCUUGAAACCAUAGCAUGCUACUCUUCACAGUGACGUUGUACUCUCCUCAUUCUGCACUGCAAGGCCACUCUUCUUCAUUGUGAGAUGCACAUAACAAUGUUUAGGAUAUUGCAGUGUAGGCUUUUUUAAAGACCAAAGGUAGCUGAAUGGUUUUUUAAAAAUGAGUACAACUCUAGCAUUUUGAAGUUCCAGUUAUAUAAAUGUAUUUGUUUACCAGUAGGUUUGUGAAAUUGGUUCUUUGUAUGGGGGACGGUCCUUUUUCACACAUCUAGGUCUUUUCAGAAGUGGUGGAAAUUGGCAGCUGGGGUACUUUCAGUUUGGAUUGAUAUUCAUCACACCUCAGACAAAAUGCAGAGUAUUAUAUAGUUGCACUUUAUAAAUGGUGGUUAAAUGGAAAUGUUCAAGCCAUUUUAUAGUUGUGAUGCACAAUAUAAUUUAAGUGCUUCUGUCAAAGUAUUCCUCCAGUAAAAUUUGUAUAGUUUGCUGCCCUUGAUGAGCAAAAAGUAUUUAUCUUGGGCUUAUCUGAAUGAUCAGGAUGAGAUUUAAUGCCCAUAUCUUAUCAGUUCAGUUAUCUCCAGGGCCAUUUCACCCUUUAGAGUGAGUCACAUGCAGGGAGUGUGAAUGUCAGAGGUGGUUUAUUAUCCAGUCUGCCUUACCCUUAAUCUGUUCACAGAUAUUUAUUUACUAAUGCUUUUUUUUCUUAAGAGUUAUGGGAUAGGAAAAUGAAGUGUUUGCUCUUCAUUUACUAAAUGAUUGUAAACUUGAGUUUUUCAUCAAAAUAAAAUUCCAUUGUUUUAA